AAAUCCAGUUUUUCCCUUUUUUAAAAAAAUAAAUUGAUGCCUUUUACAGCAUUUGGUUUCUCUCUCUGUCUCCUCUUCCGCUAAAGUCCCAAAACGCCAGUUGGUCCUAAUCCUAUAACCCAACAGUCAGUAUAUGGUUCAAGCAUAAAGGGAUGUCAGGUUGAGCGAGAGAGAGAUUGAGUACAUGUUUCUCUUGUUAGGUUCGAGUUUUGACUUUAUCAUGCUGCUGGUCCUGCAAAGAGAGAAAAAAGUUGAGGUGGACGGUGGCGCUGCUGCAUCCUCCUCCUGCAGUCCUGCGGCUGUCAUUCUCCGGCCGGUGGCCGAAGAUUUCUCAAUUAUUACAUGGAUCAGUGUACUUCAGCUUUAUUUAUCAAAUCCAUUUCGAGCCUUUUUGUUGUUUUUCUCCCUAAACUAAACUAUAUAUAUAUACAUAUAUGUAUGCUUAAUUAUAUAUAAUUUGUAUCUGUUGGAUUAUGUAUCUAUUAAACCCAAAAUUGCAAAUCACUUUCUGUAGUAUUGAUGACUAAUUAGUGAUUAAAAGGGUAAAUUUAGA